CCAGGGUGUUGUCAGAGAGGGAUGAGAGGAGGAGGAGGAGGAGGAAGAGGGCGCAGUAUGAGGUGUGCUUUUUUUGGAGAGAGACGGACGCGGAGAAGGUGCCGCUGCGACGCGUUACGACCCCGAGAAAUCACCGCGAUCAGGGAAGAAAUGGCCUAGUUAAAAUAUCAAGACAGCAGCACAUCCAUGGACGGACUAUCUUCAUCCCCAUCACGUCAUUCAGGUGCUCGCGUCGUUUCUGAGGUGUAAUUGGCUUCCUGACUGUAGCUCGGGCCCCUUCAGGAGUUCUAAAGAAGAAGAUGGAUGAGACCACUGCGUCUACCUGAGAAUGCUGCCCAUCCCGCCUCCUCAUUAUGUCACCAUAGGAAAACACCUUCACCCUUCUCCAACCCCCCACCCCUACCCCUCUCCCUCCCCCUCUUGUUUUUACCCUAAUUUCUGAUCUGUCGCCGUACCCAAAAGACAUCCUGGUGAUAUGACUAAAUCGGCCUUUAUUUUGGAGAUGUUUUUUCCUCUGAAUGCUGCCAGCCAUCAAGGCUUUGGUGGGAAGCGGCACUGUACUUCUCAGCAGAUUUCAAAUCAUUGUCUGUUGUGGCUCUUGGGACUUGUCCUGCAUUUGACCUUCUCCUCCUGUCAGAGGGUUGACCUGAGACACCCCAUAGUGGCCACAGGUUAUGGAAAGCUACGAGGCAUCAGGAAAGAGCUCAGCAAUGAGAUCUUGGGGCCCAUCGAACAGUAUUUGGGCGUGCCAUAUGCCACUGCACCUAUCGGUGAACGCCGUUUCCAGACUCCUGAAGCUCCAGGCUCCUGGCAAGAGAUCCGUAAUGCCACCCAAUUUGCACCUGUGUGUCCCCAGAAUGUUCAUGGGGUUUUACCUGAGAUCAUGCUACCAGUGUGGUUUACAGACAACCUGGAUGCUGCUGCGACCUACGUUCAGAAUCAGAGUGAGGACUGCCUAUACCUCAACAUUUACGUGCCCACGGAGGAUGGUCCACUCACCAAAAAACAAGAUGAGUCUUCAAUGAACAGACCCCGGGAUGAAGAUAUUCGGGAUCGUCGUAAGAAGCCGGUGAUGCUGUUUAUCCACGGAGGCUCUUACAUGGAGGGAUCAGGAAACAUGUUUGACGGCAGCGUCCUCGCUGCCUACGGAAAUGUCAUCGUGGUCACCAUGAAUUAUCGCCUCGGCGUGCUUGGCUUUCUGAGCACAGGGGACCAGUCUGCGAAGGGGAACUAUGGCUUGUUGGACCAGAUCCAAGCCCUGCGCUGGCUGAAUGAAAACAUUGGCCAUUUUGGAGGCGAUCCAGAGAGAAUCACAAUCUUUGGCUCGGGAGCCGGUGCCGCCUGUGUGAACCUUCUCAUCCUCUCCCAUCACUCUGAGGGCCUGUUCCAGAGGGCUAUCGCUCAGAGCGGCACGGCCAUCGCCAGCUGGUCUGUCAACUACCGGCCGCUGAUGUACACCAAGAUUUUGGCCAAAAAGGUGGGGUGCACCCUGGAUGACAUGGCUGAGCUGGUGGACUGCCUGAGGAGGAAGAGUUAUCGGGAGCUGGUGGACCAAGACAUUCAACCGGCACGCUACCACAUUGCCUUUGGCCCCGUGGUAGACGGUGACGUGGUGCCAGACGACCCCGAGAUCCUCAUGCAACAGGGUGAGUUCCUGAACUAUGACAUCUUGCUGGGUGUCAACCAGGGAGAAGGCUUGAAGUUUGUGGAUGACAGUGAAGGAGAAGAUGGGAUAUCUGCAGCCUCAUUUGACUACACCAUCUCUAACUUUGUGGAUAAUCUCUAUGGAUACCCAGAUGGUAAAGAUAUCCUGAGGGAAACUAUAAAGUUCAUGUACACAGAUUGGGCUGACAGGGACAACAGCGACAUGCGCAGGAAGACACUGCUAGCUCUGUUCACAGAUCAUCAGUGGGUUGCCCCAGCUGUCGCCACAGCCAAGCUGCACGCCGAGUUCCAGUCACCUGUUUUCUUCUACACCUUCCACCACCACUGUCAGACUGAAGCAAGGCCAGAGUGGGCUGACGCCGCCCAUGGAGAUGAAAUCCCCUAUGUGUUUGGGAUCCCCAUGGUUGGAGCCACUGACCUGUUUCCCUGCAACUUCUCCAAGAAUGAUGUUAUGCUCAGUGCGGUGGUCAUGACAUACUGGACCAACUUUGCCAAGACAGGGGAUCCGAACCUACCUGUUCCUCAAGAUACCAAGUUUAUCCACACUAAGCCGAACCGCUUUGAGGAGGUCAUCUGGACCAAGUUCAGUUCGAAAGAUAAGCAGUACUUGCAUAUCGGGUUGAAGCCUCGUGUCAGAGACAACUACCGGGCCAACAAGGUGGCCUUCUGGCUAGAGCUGGUACCACAUCUCCACAGUCUCCAUGAGGAAAUCGUUAGCUCCAUCACAACCCGUCUGCCACCUGGAGGCACCAACCACUGGAAAGGGCCAGGCACCCGCUCCACCCGGCACCCUGUAAUCUCUACAUAUCCGCCUGAUCCUGAGCCCGAUGGGUCAGAGAGACCACGGUAUUCUCCCUUCCCAAGUGAGACUCGGGAUUACUCUACAGAACUGAGUGUAACAGUAGCUGUUGGUGCCUCACUCCUCUUCCUGAAUGUGCUGGCCUUUGCCGCACUUUACUACAAACGGGACAAGCGCCAUGAACUUAUGCAGAGACGCCAUCGCCGGCUGUCCCCACAGCGUGGCACCACGAUGGGCAUGGGAGUUGGAAUGGGAGUAGUAGGUGCCCCGCCGCACAACGACCUGGCCCUGAGUCAGGAAGAGGAGCUGAUGUCAUUGCAGAUGAAGCAGCAAAGAGUGGAGCUGGAGCACGGAACGCCCAUCCCUUCCCGUGGUAUCCAUGGUGACCUGGAACCUCUGCGGCCUCCUGUGUGCCCUCCAGAUUACACGCUAGCCUUACGGCGAGGACCAGAAGACGUGCCACUGAUGACAUCCAACACCAUCACCAUGAUCCCCAGUACCAUCAGCAGCAUGCAGACCCUCCACCCCUUCAACACUUACCCCCCAGUCCCAGCCCCCACUUCCACACCUGUCGCCAGUCACAGCAACAAUGCCCUCCCACACCAACAUUCCACCACCCGUGUAUAGGACAUGGCACAAACUCUGGUACCCAACUCUGGGCACAAUAUGCUUACUCCCCCCCCCCCCCCCCCAUACAAACUCUCGCUCACGUUCACCAUCACCUGUUUUUAAUCACUAUCUUUUCUCAUUAUGCCCUCAAAUAAAGCUGCAGUUUGUAAGAUUUAAAGCAAUGAAAUCCCACAGAAAUGUCAUUAUGAAUAAAUUAAAACAUAUAUAUGAAAGAG